AUGAAUGCUACUUGGCCAUUUUUUGCCACCUCUCAUGGUAAAACGAAGAACGAUGGUGUGGGUGCUACUGUUCAACGAGAGACAACCAAGGAAAGUUUGCGCAGUCCGUGUGAGUCGGCGGCGCGCGUGGGCCCGCCCGCGACCGCGGCGCCGCUCUCCGCCCUCGGGCCGGCCGCCGCCGCCGCCGCCGCCGCCCUCGCCCCCGACCGCGAGCGCCUCGCGCUCGACAUCUCCGCGCUCAAGCAGCAGUACGCGCGCCUCCGAGAGCGCCAGCGCCAGGCGCACAUCAUCCUCUCCGUAGUAGUAAGUUUAUCAAAACAAAUAGUCCGGCGGCCGCGCGCGGCCCCGCGACCCGGCGCCGCUCUCCGCCCUGGCGCGCCGCCGCCGCGCCCGCCGCCCUCGCCCGACCGCGAGCGUCCUCGCGCUCGACAUCUCCGCUCAAAGCAGCAGUACGCCGCUCCCGAGAAGGCCAGCGAGGCGACAUGCAUCCUCUCCGAUUCUCACAAUAUUUAA